UGACCUGAAUUAAAAAAAAACCGCACCUGACAGCACCAUACACAUUAGAUUACGAUUACGGCGCAAUCUUCAACAUCAACUUACUUAUUUCCGGAUUCUUCACUUUCGCAAUUUUCAGUUAUCGGGCUUUUAGUGUUUCUACGUGUCCUAAGCUAAAUCUGCCCCCUUGUGUUUCACCAUUUCUCCACGAAUCGUGCCUCUUUCAAUCGCAAAAAUGGUGCAGAGAAGCAGAGUUUACGUUAUUGGAGUCGGAAUGACCAAGUUUGAAAAACCAGGUAGACGGGAAAACUUCGACUACCCACAAAUGGCUGUAGAGGCUGUCUCUAAAGCCCUGGAAGAUUCAAGACUGAACAUAGGAGAUAUUAAGCAAGCAUGUGUAGGAUAUGUUUAUGGUGACUCAACUUGUGGCCAAAGAGCAUUGUAUGAGGUUGGUAUGACUGGAAUUCCUAUCUUCAAUGUCAACAACAACUGCUCUACCGGCUCCAGUGCAUUGCUGUUAGCAAAGCAAAUUGUUGAAUCAAAUAAUGCAGACUGUGCCCUUGCCCUGGGUUUUGAAAAAAUGGAGAGAGGCUCUCUCAUGUCCAAAUUCUUAGACAGAACAAAUCCCAUGGAAAAGCAUGUUGAAAAAAUGGCAGACAUUGCAGGGCUUGAUUCAGCACCUAUUGCUCCUCAGUUGUUUGGUAAUGCUGGGAAAGAGCAUAUGUCAAAGUAUGGGACAACUCAAGAAGUAUUCGCUAAAAUAGCUUACAAGAAUCACAAACAUUCAGUCAAUAACCCGUACUCUCAAUUCCAAGAAGAAUAUACCCUGGAUCAAAUUAUAAACUCACCAACAGUCUUUGGGCCACUAACCAAAUUGCAGUGUUGUCCAACAUCUGAUGGUGCUGCUGCAGCCAUUUUAGCCUCUGAGGAUUUUGUUUUCCGACAUGGUCUUCAGGCCCAGGCUGUCGAAAUUAUUGGUAUGGAGAUGGCCACAGACUUACCUUCCACUUUUGCUGAGGAAAGCUGCAUGAAAAUUGUUGGUUAUGAUAUGACUAAGGCUGCUGCUGAGAAACUAUUUAGUCAAACUCCCUACAAACCAACAGAUGUUGAUGUUGUGGAACUUCAUGAUUGUUUUUCUGCCAAUGAACUAAUAACUUAUGAAGCGUUAGGACUCUGCCCACCUGGGAAAGGAGGAGACCUUGUAAACUCAGGAGGAAACACGUAUGGUGGAAAAUAUGUAGUGAAUCCAAGUGGAGGCUUAAUCUCCAAAGGACACCCUCUUGGUGCCACUGGAAUUGCUCAAUGCGCUGAAUUAUGCUGGCAACUGCGAGGGUUAGCAGGCAAGAGACAGGUCCCCAAUGCUCGUUUAGCACUACAACACAACAUUGGUCUUGGUGGAGCUGUUGUUGUUGCUUUGUAUCGUCUUGGAUUCCCAGGAACUUCAAG